GUCCGUUUUUGACCUUCCGUAAGGUGUAUUGAGUAUAAUUGGACAUAAAAAUACUUCACGAUAUGCUUCGACGCUAACUUGCUGCUUCUGCACGUGUAACGACCUACUCGCAACGACCUUGCCUCUGUGACCCGAAAUGGCUACUAUAUCCCACGACAUUUAUGGGUUUGCCCUUGCGUAUAAGAGUCCCCACCAAGCCGCUGAGUAUCAGCAAGCCCGAUCUGCCUACGCGGUACAGGAAAGGGCUUGGAGCAAGUAUGCAGCGGAGAAGCAGCUCCCUGGCAGCGCAAGAAAGCUUAAGAAGCUUAUCCGCGGAGGUGUUCCGCCCAAGUUGCGGGCAUGGGUUUGGUUCGAGGUAUCGGGCGCGAAGCAGCUGAAGAUGGCCCAGACCGGAACUCAUUACUACACGAACUUGGUCAAAGCAGCGUCUCUUAGCAAGGCUGCUGCCCAGGUUGAACUCGACCUCCCUCGCACCUUCCCCGGCCACCCCUACCUUUCCUGCGCUGAAACCGGCCAAGCCGCCAUGCGCCGCAUCCUCACCGCCUACUCUCUGCACAACCAGCUGGUCGGCUAUUGCCAGGGCCUCAACUUCAUCGUGGGUGUGUUGCUGAUGGCGGUGGAGUGCGAGGAGGAGGUCACCUUCUGGCUGCUGGCGGCGCUGGUGGAGAAGAUAUGCUACAAGGGCUCCUUCGGCCACAACCUCUCUGGCUGCCAUGUGGAGAUGAAGACCCUGCAGGACCUGGUUGCCUCCAAGCUGCCGCGGCUGGGUGCGCACAUGCACACCAUCUCCUGCGACACCUCCCUCAUCGCCACGGACUGGUUCCUGACGGUGUUCUGCGUGAGCAUGCCCGCCGAGUCCGCCUGCCGGGUGCUGGACGCGCUGCUGGGCGAGGGCGCCAAGGUGUUGUUCAGAGUGGCGCUGGCGCUGCUCAAGGCCGCGGAACCCGAGCUGCUCAGGCGGGACAACCCGGGGGAGUUCAUGAAGUGCGUCAAGGACUAUGUGGCUGGCAUUGUGAACAUAGGGCCCAUCAUGGAAGUGGCUUUCGAGGGGAUCGGCCGCUUAUCCCUGUCAACCGUGGCUGCCGUACGAAAGGUCAAAGAGCAGGAAGUCCAGGCUUUCAUGGAGCAGCGCAAGCAGCUGCGCGAGCAGCAGUCGAGUCCGCGAUCUGGAACCUGACGGUGUUACACGUGCUGGGGUCCCGAGGGAUAUCGCCGGGGCCAACACACAGCUCCAGGCCUCCCGAUGGGGUGUUCACAAAUCAUU